AUGGGUUCUAAGGAAACUGGAUGUAUCUCUUCGAAUACAGACGAUGAUAAUGUGCCCUCCAGUUCUAAACAAAACAUUUCGUCAAACUCAGAACCUUGGCUUAUGAUGUUAAAACGGUCAUUUGCCAAUAAAUACAUGAAAAAAGAUGAAGAACGAUAUACUCCUGAUGAAGUAUAUAAUCGACGAAUUUAUCUUACUGCUCUUGCAGCAUCUAUGGCUGCUAUAAUUAUAGGUUAUGAUGGAAGUUUUAUAGGCAGUACUGUUACAUUACCUUCGUUUCAAAAUACAUUCAAUCUUGUUAAUAAUCCUAAUGCAUCAAAUAUAAUUUCUAAUGUUAUAUCAGUUUUUCAUAUUGGUUGCUUCUUUGGAGCUCUUGCAUCAUAUCCAUGUUCAUAUUAUUUUGGGCGAAGGUUACCCCUAAUUUUUGUAUCAAUAAUAAACAUUAUAGGUUGUGGAAUUAUGUUAUUAGCAUCUUCAAGACAUGGGUUAACUCCUUUAUAUGCUGGUCGUGUAUUAUCAGGUAUAGCAGUAGGAUUUUCAACUAAUCUAACAGUAAUUUAUAUUUCUGAAAUAUCUCCUCCUUCAAUUCGUGGCCAAUUAAUUAGUUUCUAUGAAAUAGGUUGGAGAGUUGGUGAUUCUGUUGGAUUUUGGAUUUCAUUUGGUGUAGAACAACAUAUUCCAUCUACAUCCCGUAAACAGUGGCUAAUUCCAUUUGCUAUACAAUUGAUACCGAGUGGUCUUUUUCUCUUAGGAAGUUGCAUUAUGAAGGAGUCACCUAGAUGGUUGUUUCAAGUAAACAGACAUGAAGCAGCUAUUAGGAAUUUGGUUUGGUUGAGAAAGUUACCUGAAAAUAAUGAAUAUAUUGUAUAUGAGGUCAAUCAAAUUAAAGAAUCUAUAGAAUACCAAAGAGUCAAAGUUGGUUUAGGACUUUGGGAUCCAUUUAAACAAGUAUUUGUUCAUGAUACAAAAUUAUUAGGUCGACUUCUAUUGUCAUGUUCGUUAUUCUUAUUUCAAAACUUCUUAGGUAUUCAAUCAAUUAAUUAUUAUUCUCCACUUAUCUUUGCUGGUUUAGGGGUUAAUGGAGUCAGUAAUACUUUGUUCACCACUGGUAUGUUUGGAAUUGUUAAGCUUGUCUGUACUUUCACAUAUAUUCUAUUUAUUGUGGAUACUGUUGGAAGAAGGAAAGCAUUUAUGGGUUCAUCUGCUAUUUGCUCUAUAUGUUUUUGGUAUAUUGGAGCAUAUCUAAAGGUAAAAGAAUCAUCACAUACGAUACAUAAUGAAACUCUGGCUGGUCCAGGAGGUACAUUAGCAAUUGUACUUAUGUAUAUAUGGAUAGCGUCAUUUAUUCUUGCAUGGUCUGGGGGUCCAUUUGUUGUUGGUGGUGAAAUUUUCGAUCAAAACAUUCGAGCUUUCAUUCAAGCCAUCAAUGCUGCAGUAUCGUGGAUUCCUAUAUUUUUGAUGUCAAGAUUUACAACUCAAAUGAUGGAUGCCAUGAGGUAUGGGACUUACUUCUUUUUUGCUAGUUUAGCAUUAAUUUCGAUCCCAUUCGUUUAUUACUUUCUUCCCGAAACUAAAGGAAUAGUUUUAGAAGAUAUGGAUAAACUAUUUGCAUCUAAUUUAAAAGCAAAGGAUGCUCAUAAAGUUGUACUUAAGGAAGCUAGAGAUCAAUCAAAACGGACAUUACAAGAUAAAGGGUUAUUUAAAAUGGAUACUAAUAAAUCCAACAGCAUAGAAAUUAUAGAAAAGGUGAGUACACCUCAAAGUCAAUAA